GUUUUCGAAAAUUGACUUUUAAACCUAAAGUGACUCUUACGUUGAUGAGGUAACUUAAAGGCUUCAUCAGUCUUAAUAUUAUUGUAUUGGUUACUGAAAGAUAACAACAGAAUUAACACAUUUUGCAAUAUCAACAAUAACUUCUGUAUAAAUUAUGUACACAACUUGAAUUAUGUGAUAGGAAAUGUAUAACACCGGAGGUAAUGUAGAAAGUAAAACAUUAACAAGAUGAGUGGUGGCAGAAUUUUGCGAUCAUUAAUACUCGGUGCACCUGGAAGUGGAAAAGGGACGAUUUCAUCUCGAUUGGUUCGAGACUUUAAGUUGAAACACCUUGCUAGUGGAGAUAUCCUGCGCAAUCAGAUUGCCGAAAAGACAGAAGUUGGCGUAGAAGCUGAACAGUACUUACAAAAGGGACAACUAGUUCCAGACCCCUUAAUUGUUGCAUUGAUUUCAUCAGAGUUGACUUCUGUGAAGCAAAAUUGGUUGCUUGAUGGUUUUCCAAGAACGGUUUCGCAAGCAGAGUCAUUAUCUCAGACACAAGAGAUAAAUCUAGUUUUAAAUUUAGAUGUGCCAUUCGAUACUAUUCGUGAAAGGCUCGAAAAUCGAUGGAUACACGCGUCGUCAGGUCGUGUUUAUCAUACUAUUUGGAAUCCUCCUAAAAAUGCUGGUAAAGAUGACGAAACAGGCGAAGCCUUGAUACAAAGAAAUGAUGACAAGCCAGAAACUGUUACACGGAGAUUGAAAUUGUACAAUGAAAUGACGCUACCGUUAUUAGACUACUACAGAAAGCUAGGCGUGCUUCAAUCAUUUCAUGGUACCGAAUCUGAUGUGAUUUAUCCGCAAAUAAAAGAUUUCCUUGAGCCGUUCGUGAGCGACUUUUUUAAGAAAUAAUUUUUAACGUGUUUUUAUAUAAAUGUAAAUUUUGGAAUUAAUUUUUUAGGCACAUAUAUAUCUUUUAUUUCAUUAUUUACCCCUUCAUAUAGAGAUUCUUUUCAUAGUCCGAAAUAUCAAGUUUUCAAAAAAUAUUUUUAGGGAUUUAUUGUACAUCAAGGUCAACUAAAUAUUACGAAGAGUUUUAAAUGAAGAUCAAGAAAAUGUUGUGUUUAAA